AUGGUGAUCUUGGAUUUGGGUCGGUUACCAGAAGCACGCUACCUUGGUGAUUCUGGAGAGCAGUACUUGAGAGAUACCGAGGUAUCAAUGAAAGAGUUGGAGUUUGCUCAAAAUGCAAUUGGAGAAUUCGGAGCUGAUAAUAGAGCUGGCAUUACGGGUACCUUGCACCGGAUUUCAGCAAUCAGAAGUAGGAAAGGUGAAAUUACUGGCUUAACUUGUCGAGUUGGCAGGGCAGUUAGGGGUAGUAUUGACAUGGUACGAGAUCUGCUUGAUUUUGGGAAAAGCAUCUUGUUUGUUGGAAGGUGA